GCACCUCAUUCAUCUGAGAUGGUGUAGAACACCCUGUGCGAAAAAAGUAACGUUCUACUUCUGAUAGUGAAAAUUCAACAUGAGCGGUUCGGGAAAAUCGUUGAUCGGAUUGUGGUUGUACCGCACGGGACGUGAAUGGACCAUCAAGGAGGACUUUUCGAUGACCAACUUUGCUGCUCAGUCGAAGGCCGACGAAAAACAAGAACCAGAACGAAUAUCCAUUGUAUUUACUCUUCGAAAUCAAGUGGGCAGUUUAGUAAAAGCUUUGCAAGCUUUUCAAGAUCUCGGGAUCAAUUUACAUCACAUUGAGUCGCGCCCGUCAGAACAGAGUAACACUUUAAGCGAUAUUCUUGUUGAUGUCGAAUGUGAACCGAAACGUAUGGAACAACUAUACGCCCUGCUAAAAAGGGAAGCAACAACCAUGGUGAUAGGAACGUUUGGACCAAGUGGUAGUCAGGAAAGUGAUUUUCCACCACCGACUCCUCUUUCUGCCACAGCGAGCUUUGAUUUUGAGGAAAUGCCCUGGUUCCCAAGAAAAAUAUCGGAACUAGAUAAAGCUCAAAAUGUGCUUAUGUACGGUUCAGAACUUGACGCAGAUCAUCCUGGAUUUAAGGAUCCGAUUUAUAGAAAACGAAGAGAACAAUUUUACCAAAUUGCCAUGAAUUAUAAACAUGGACAACCUAUACCAAAAGUUCAGUAUACACAAGAAGAAACAAAAACAUGGUCAGCUGUUUAUAAAGAGCUCCGACAACUUUACGAGAAACAUGCCUGCAAGGAGUAUUUGGAGAACUGGCCCCUUUUGGAAAAAUACUGCGGAUACAGAGAGGAUAAUAUUCCUCAGCUGGAGGAUAUUAAUAAAUUUCUGAAAAGAAAGACAGGCUUUCAGCUAAGACCUGUCGCAGGUUAUCUAAGUCCAAGAGACUUUUUGUCGGGCCUCGCAUUUCGAGUUUUUCAUUGCACACAGUACAUUCGACAUUCGUCUGAUCCCUUCUACACCCCUGAGCCAGAUUGUUGCCAUGAAUUGCUUGGUCACAUGCCCCUUUUGGCCAAUCCAAGUUUCGCUCAAUUUUCGCAGGAACUCGGUCUCGCGUGUUUAGGAGCCAAUGACGAAGAAGUGGACAAAUUAGCUACGCUCUACUUCUUCACUGUUGAGUUCGGAAUGUGCAGACAAAAUGGAGAAAUCAAAGUUUACGGAGCGGGUCUUUUGAGUUCAAUUGCAGAACUGAAGCAUGCCAUCAACAGCCCAGAAAAGAUACAAAGAUUUGAUCCUGAUGUAACAUGCAAAGCGGAAUGUAUCAUCACUUCUUUCCAAAAUGGCUAUUGGUACACUGAUUCGUUUGAAGAAGCCAAAGAGAAGAUGAGAAAAUACGCAGAAGAAAUCCAAAGACCAUUUGGAAUAAGAUACAACCCUUAUACUCAGAGUGUCGAAGUCUUGAGCAAUGCCCAGAAAAUUACAGCAUUGGCUUCGGAAUUACGGGGAGAUCUUUGUAUUGUUAACAGUGCUCUGAAGAAAAUAAGUGCAAGGAACCCAAAAGUUGAUGUUGCUUCAAUUGCUAAGCUUUUACAUACUGAUCUUGAUCUCGAAAUAAAGAAAGAGGACGAAACCACCCCCGAGAACGAUCUAAAUUCUCAUUAAAGUAUUACCAAAAUUUCUGUAUAGGAUAUAAACAAUCAUUCAUCA